CGGCAGCCAUUACGAUUGACUCGAAUAACGCUCAAGUUAUACGGACAACGAUCAGCUACAAUAAUGCAUGGCAGGAUAUGGCGAAUGCGAUGACAACGCUGGAACGUAAAGUUAACAAGGAUUCCCAAAAGGAAACGGCAGAAGGACUACUCACUAAGACAAAGGUUCCGCGUCUAACACGCGGUUCUAAAGCAAGAAGGAAUUAUGACGUAGCAGAAGGUCAACCGUUUACACUUGGAUGCCCCGUGAUCGGUUUCCCUAAGCCUGAAGUGAUUUGGAUCGUCAAUGGUCAGACGUUGAACCACUCUAACUUCGGCGUGUACAACCUGCAGGUUUCAGAUGGUGGAAAAAAGAACGGAAAGCAGCUUUCACAGAAUAAUUCCAACGUACGUUUCCUCCUGGGAAAAAGGCUGCUCUACAUCGUUAACGUGACGUCAGACGACGAAGGCACAUAUAAAUGUCUCGCUGAAAAUUUGGCAGGUCGAGCAGAGAAGAUGGUUCAGGUGGCGCUCCUUGGUGAGUCUGGACCAAACCGCUUGUCUAAUUUGCAAGCAAGAACUUUUUACUUAGUACCGCCUCGGUUUCAUGAUAUUCAAACGGAUCCGAACAUUGUUGUUUUGCAAAACGAGCUCGUUGCACUUUCGUGCAAUGUUUCAGGCAGUCCUCGACCGAAGGUAAUGAAAUUUAACUCACUAGCGAAGCAUGGAAUGGCAGUUUUAGAUCACGUGGUUCAAAAAUGGACGUCUCUUAUUCGAAAAUGAUU